UAGUAAUUAGUUCACAAUGUUUUUAGAAAUGCAAAUGUUUAUGGCCAUUAUAAAAUAACUUUUACUAAGUCGUCGUGAAUGUCAAUGAAGCCAUUUUAGCUGAUGGUUUGAGUUGUAUAAACACACAAACAUCUGUAAUCCAUUCUAAAACAAUUUUAGGCCAUUCAAGAAACCAAGACAAAUGUUCACUUUUACAGUCUGAGUUAUAGAUAAUGUAGACGAGUGUGAUAAUGGUACCUCACUGUAUAAACUUUGGUGCAGUUUCAACUUCCUAAAAUGUGUCAUGGCACUCAAGCAUUAUUUCAGAGGAGUUUAGGUCAGAUGCUGAGAAUAACUGUGGCAGAUGGAGAUGCUCUGAAGAUACUGCCCUCUUGUACCUCUACUCCUGCAUGGGAAACAAAUAACCACGCCUCAGGCAUCAGAAAGUCAGGCAAGGUGUGGUUUUCCCCCAGUCCCCUUCCACAGGCCUCCACUGUGACACUGCUGUCCAAAGGACAGAAGGGGAGGUCAUAGGUCAGCCCAACCAAAGAAGUGAAGAUAGAUUCAGGCAUAUGGCCAAUGAGAGAGUUCGAGUGCCCCAAGUGCAUCCGGUCAAGCGCAAGCACAGCUUUGAGUGUGGUCUAACAUUGGAAGAAAGGCGAGAACGUGCACAAAGCAGGAGCAACAUGAGAAGGCCAACUGUGUUUAGUGUUCCCCAGAGUCCCACAUCCUCCUGGAGCCCAACCCCCAGCCCCACAGGUCAUCUGCCCUGCCAUGUGUAUCCCACACCACCUAUCGAUGAGCCACUGGACCUAAUUAAGAAACCAAGGAAACAGCCUGAGAGGACAGAAGAGAAAACCAAAAGCACUACAGCCAUCAAUCAGAUGCGUCCUUCUGUGAUCACCUGUGUGUCCUCCACAAGAAAGCCCACCUGCAGAUCUGAGGUCGGCAGCAGUAGCCACUCCUCCACAGUGUUUUCUAAGCACAGCUAUGACCAUGUUGUGGAGGAACAUUUCAAGAGAAGCCUGGGGAUGGACUACCAAAUGGCCAGCUCCCGCCAGCUCUCCAUCAGCGUCUCUGUGGAUGACCAUUUUGCCAAGGCCUUGGGAGAAAAGUGGUUUCAGAUCAAAUCAAAAUCCUCCUCAUGCUCCUCGUCUACAUCCUCUCCACCCAGCAGCCCAAGUGUCACUCACUCCCCCAGCUACGGCCACAGCCCAAACCAAGCUCCCAAAGAGUCUCCAAGUACCACCACUCCCACCUCCAGCUUCUGGUCAGUCAAAUAAAACUACAGAGAGCUUUCCUGGAGAAAGAGUGAACUUUGAGACAUAGCAUUUAAUGCGAUACAGCGGCAGAUCCAUGCUUUUCAAGGAAUAAGAGCACCAAGGAGAUAACGUUGGUGAAAGUGUAGACUCGAGAACAGGAAUGUAGGAUUACUAAGCUACUCUAUAUGGUUGAACCAUUGAGUGCAUCUCCAUGAGUCUAUUCCCUGCCAGUGGAAAGGGGAGUUAUUUCAAUUUCAGGGGACAAGCAAAUGUUGCAGUGAUGUCUUUAUUUCUCAAUUUCUAUCCCAGCCUGUCCCAGCCUUUUCAAUAGCAUAUCUAUCUCUGAAUAGAUGGUGAUGUGGGAUGAUAGUUGGAGAAAAGAAAUGUGCCAUUAUAUUUCAUUAAAUGUGCCAUAUUUCAUUUCAUUCGGUGAAGAUGCCACUACUUUCGUGAUACUGUAUUUAUACUAUAUGUUUUUUAACGAACCUGGAUCCUAUUUUCAGUCUAAUAAAUUAUCUACUGUAUAUAGUG